UAAAAGAAAAAAGCAAAAACGUAAUGAGUUAGGACCAGUGGCAGCAAGAGAGAGAGAGAGAGAGAGAGAAAUUGGUUUGUGUUUGGGAGUAUCAGCUUUAUAUCAGUUUUUUACACACCUCGUGAUACCUUACAUUCUCUCUUCCCCAAACGCAAUUCUCAAACACACAAUCACUUUUUCUGAUUCUUAUGGCAGCAUUUCACCGGAAAACCAUAACCACAUUCUCCUCUAUUCUCCAUUGAUUCCAAUAAUGGAGUUACUCAUCACCCUCCUCGUUUUCCUACUGAGUUCCCGAGUCAACUCGGACCCAACUCAGGACAAGCAAGCUCUCCUUGCUUUCCUCUCCAAAACCCCACACUCCAACCGCGUCAACUGGAACGCUUCCGACUCCGCCUGCAACUGGGUCGGUGUCCAAUGCGACGCUUCACGCUCCUUCGUCUACUCCCUCCGUCUCCCCGCCGUCGGCCUCGUCGGUAACCUCCCACCCAACACCAUCAGCCGGUUAUCCCAGCUCCGUGUCCUCAGCUUCCGCUCCAAUGGCCUCACCGGCGAGAUCCCUGCUGAUUUCUCCAAUCUCACCUUCCUCCGCAGCCUCUACCUCCAGAAGAAUCAGCUCUCCGGCGAGUUCCCGCCUAGUCUCACUCGGUUAACUCGUUUGAAUCGGUUAGAUCUCUCCUCCAACAACUUCUCCGGCGCGGUUCCCUUCUCCAUCAACAACCUCGCCAACCUCACCGGACUUUUCCUAGAGAAUAACAAAUUCUCCGGGAAGCUUCCGUCUGUCACGGCGAAACUGGUCGGGUUCAACGUUUCCAACAACCAGCUCAAUGGUUCCAUCCCGGAGACACUGUCGAGGUUCCCGGAAGCCUCAUUCGCCGGAAACUUAGAUCUCUGUGGACCGCCGUUGAAAUCGUGCACACCGUUUUUUCCGGCGCCGGCGGAGUCACCGACGGCGAUUCUGCCGGCGGGUCGCGUCGGGAAGAAGUCGAACAAGCUCUCCACGGGCGCCAUUAUCGCAAUCGUGGUUGGGUCUUUUGUGGGUCUUGUACUGCUGCUGCUUCUGCUGUUUUGCUGCCUCAGGAAGCGGCGGCAACGGGGAGCGCCGAAGGCUCCGAAGCCGGUGGUGGCGGCGCGGUCGGUGCCGUCGGCGGAGGCAGGCACUUCAUCCUCGAAGGAUGACAUCACGGGCGGGUCGGCGGAGGCGGAGAGGAACAAGCUUGUGUUCUUCGACGGCGGGAUAUACAGCUUCGAUUUGGAGGAUUUGUUGAGAGCUUCGGCGGAGGUUUUGGGGAAGGGGAGUGUGGGGACUUCUUACAAGGCGGUGUUGGAGGAAGGGACGACGGUGGUGGUGAAGAGGUUGAAGGAUGUUGUAGUGAGUAAGAGAGAGUUUGAGGUGCAAAUGGAGGUUCUGGGUAAGAUUAAGCAUGAAAAUGUGGUUCCUCUGAGAGCUUUCUACUUCUCCAAGGAUGAGAAAUUGCUUGUCUACGAUUACAUGCCUGCUGGUAGCUUAUCUGCUCUGCUUCACGGAAGUAGAGGAUCUGGGCGAACUCCACUAGAUUGGGAUGGCAGAAUGAGAAUAGCACUAGGAGCAUCAAGAGGGUUAGCAUGCCUUCACAUGUCAGGCAAGGUGGCUCACGGCAACAUAAAAUCAUCCAACAUCCUCCUCCGAGGAACGGACCACCACGCCUCCGUUUCAGACUUCGGUCUCAACCCCUUAUUCGGAAAUGGAGCCUCAUCAAACCGUGUCGCAGGUUACCGGGCACCCGAAGUAGUAGAAACCAGGAAAGUGACCUUCAAGUCCGACGUGUACAGCUUCGGCGUGUUGUUAUUGGAGCUACUAACAGGGAAAGCACCCAACCAAGCCUCUUUAGGAGAAGAGGGAAUCGAUCUCCCGAGGUGGGUCCAGUCCGUGGUUCGCGAGGAGUGGACCGCGGAGGUGUUCGAUGCUGAGCUCAUGAGGUUCCAAAACAUCGAGGAGGAGAUGGUUCAACUGUUGCAGAUUGCAAUGGCUUGCGUCUCAAUUGUCCCCGAUCAGAGGCCCACCAUGCAGGACGUGGUGCGCAUGAUCGAGGACAUGAACCGCGGUGAGACCGAUGAGGGCAUGCGACAAUCCUCCGAUGACCCUUCCAAAGAAUCCGAGGGUCACACCCCACCUCAAUCAAGGACUCCACCUAGAUCAUCACGCACACCGUAGCAAAAUUCAUCAAAGGUAAAAAUUAAAGGGAAAAGUGGUUAUUGUUGAAAUUCAAAAAAAGAAAAAAAGAGGAAAGGAGGACAAGACAUGGUGGUGGGUCGCUCUUAAAAUAUGUGUUGUUGCCUGCCCUACUACCUAUUGGCGCGUACUUUCCUGAUUGGCUUUCAAGGUGGUCCAAUUAAUGUGUAUUUUAUUUUUUUUCUCUCAAAAUCUAUUUUAUUUAAAUUUUUCCUCUUUUUAUUUUAUUAAUUUCAAUGAUUUUUACAGGAGAGAGAGUCCGGGGAAGAGUGUGAAAAAUUGUUCAUGAAUUGAAAGGGGGUGUGGGAUAGGGGUCCAUGAACAGUAAAAUGACCAUUGAAUGAGUUUUGGCUGGCAUUUUUCUAUAAGUUGUGAAUGUUAAUUAUUUAUUGUUAGUGUAUCAGUGUAUCUUUUUUUAAAUUAAGCUUGUCCUUUCAAUUGUCCUGAUAUAAUUGUCCAUAGUUCAGUAUGUAAGGGUCAGCAUUAUUAUUUUAUAUAUAAACAUCCAUGUCAUUUGUUA